AGGUGUAAAAGAGUAUAAAUGUGCAGAUGGAAGGAAAUAAAUAAUAUAGAAAAGAGAUGAAGUGGAAAAGCAUUAAAGAAGAAGAGAGGAAGAGAAGGAAGAAUAGUCAAAGAAGGCAGGUGAAAAACGGAAGAAGGGAAGAAAAUAGAAGAAGAAUCGAGAGGGAAAACAAAGAUAAAGAAGAAGACAAGUGCAGAAGGAAAGAAGGGAAUAAGAUUGGAGGAAAAUGGAGAGAGGAAGCACUGGAGAAGAUAGUAAGAGGAGAGGGGAGAAGAGUAAAAAAAUGUAGGAAUGGAUGGUAGAAAAAGUGAAAAGCAUUGGAGAGGAAGAAAAGAGGAAGAAAAAUGAAAGAAGAUUGGAAAGGAGGGCUGAAGGCUGUCACGGGAAUGGCUGCUGUUGUAAAUAGGAAUGUGAUUUUUUUCUUUAUCUUUUCCUUUCCGUCGCUCCAUCACUUCUCCCCGACGCGAGUGUUGCGCUACUCUGCCUGAUUGAUCACCGCUCGAAUGUGCCGCCGGAACAUUCUGAAAUCACCACCACCACCACCACCUUCACUUUCAUCAUCACCACCACCUCUAUUUUCACCAUCAACAAUAACUACAGCACAACCACCAUCACUACCAGCAAUACCCCAUUCACUACCACAAAUAUCAUCACCUAAAUUCCUUUCAUCACUAUUUUUCUUCACUUUGCAUGCCUCCUUCGACGGUAUCUAUCUCAUUAUCAUUAUCAAUAUAACUACCAUUUGUAUCAUCUCACCAUUCAUAAUUAUCACCACCACCAUCUCUGCUCCACCUCCAUCACAACCCCUGUCAAGACCACCACCGCCACCAGUAUCACCACCGCUCCACGCCACCAGAGGGCCAAGGACAACAACACCUUGUCUGAUAUCUCCACUUCUUUCGUGUGUUUUGCUGGAUUUCCGCUACCGCUUCCCUACAGCUGUUGCGGAGAGCAACAUCGAGGUCCAGUUUACCCUCAUAUGACAUUUGGGUUCUUGGUGUUUGGACUUAGCCUGUAGACUUUGAUGAAAUUCAACUCGACCGGCUGGGCCCCUCUGGUCAGUGGGCUUCAUUUCUGCGCAUGCGCAGUGCCUCUGGUGUGACGUCAUGGAUACGUCACUCCUGUCAUAGUAGUGAGGCUUCCAUACCCCCUCGCUCCCUACGUCCGUCAUGGAGCCAUCGGGGCCCGUCUCCCUGGCGGAUCUUGAGGCUGACUUGGCGCUGAGCGACGAGGAUGCAAUGGAUCGCGACGACUGGCCGCCACCGCGUCUUGCAAGCCAGGUUCCCCUCUCCGGCAAGCGCCCCAUAUCCCACGACACUGACAGUAACAGUGAGCCGUCUUCCCCUGCUGCUAAGGCCUCUAAGCAGAGGGGGUCGUCUGACUCUCAGGACGCCAUAUCAGCCCAGAACAGCAGCCCUCCCCCGCCCCAACCUCUCAUGGACUCCUCGCGCGAUGCCCCGUUGCUGAGCGCCUCUCACCUACCAGCCUUCGCCCCCAGGGUUGACUACGUCAAGCUACUCUUCAAGGACAACCCGACAGUAGAUCUCAAGCUUCGUUGGUUGUCCGAAGUCACCCGAAAUUUUCAACUUGACCGUGACCAGGCUGAAGUCAAGAUGGCAGCCAUAACGUCUCGCUUCGUAUACGUCUCCCGCCGCCGCACGGAUGUCAUCGACAGCGUGACGAGUGGGGAGUUUCUGUCCCUCACCCUCGAGCUCCAAGACUCUCCAGAAAGGCCUCGCAAGUUUCCUACGUACCUCCUAGCUCGUUACCCUGUCUGUGCUGACCCUGCCUUGGCCAAGGAGUUACCGGGCAUCUACUCUGCUCGCCGAUUUUACCAGAAUGGCUCUCCCCUUCCCCGCCUGGUCGUCACCUGGAGCCUCCCUGAACCACCACCCCCGAGUGUCAGCUUCAGCUUCCUUCCGUGCCUGCCACCCUGUGAGCUUCGCAGGAUGCAGGACGAGCGACCAUGGUGCUUCCGAUGCUGGGGCCUCGGCCACAUAUCCCGUUACUGUUCUGCGGCUGAGCGUUGUGCAUGGUGCUCCGGCCCUCACGAUUCACGCACCUGCCCACACCGCAACCCUCCCUCGUAUUCUACUGCUUCUGACUCCGCCUCCACUCAGCCACAGCCCCGCCUCCGGACACGUCGCUCUGGAAAUGUCCCCGCUGUCAUCAAGCAGGAGUGA